AUGACCGACCCAGUAUUAAUGGUUUCUGUUGCUCAAUUAGCACCAGCAGAUAGAGAAGGUUGGUUAACCAAACAAGGUGGUGCCAUCAAGACAUGGAGAAGAAGAUGGUUUGUACUAAAAGGAAAGAAGUUGUAUUAUUUCAAAAACAAGACAGAUGUUGAAGCUACUGGUUUAAUUGAAUUUGAACCAGAUUCGUUUGUUAAAGAUGAAAGAGAUAAGGAUAAGAAAAAGAAAUUCAUGUUCUCUUUAGGAACGUCUAAAAGAGUUUACUAUAUUUACGCCGAAGUUGAAUCGGAUAUGAAACAGUGGAUUGAAUCGAUUCGUCGUGCCUUUGGUGGCGAAGGUGGGUCUGCUACACGAGUUGACCAGUCGGCGACCAAACCCGCCGGCGUUGUCGAACAACCAAAACCACAAAACGGUACACCAGAAAAGCCAGCUAGCUCAACUGGCCCAAGAUCAAGAAUUUCAAAUGCUAAAUCUGUUAUUCCAUUCUUACGUGAUGAGGAUAGUAAGGUAUUAGAGUUCUGGCAAAUUUGGUCAGAGAGUAUUCCGCCACAAAGUGAUUUACAAAGUGGCACAUCAAUCGAAUUCCAUGUUGCCACCUCUAUUGAUAUGCAAAAAUUGACCUGGAGAACAGCCGGUCCACAAAAUAUAUUCAUCCAAAAGAUGGUCGACUUUUUCUGGAAUGUCGGCGCUCCAGAGACUGAAAUCGAUCGUCUCAACGAUGUUGGUGCUCUCAUCAACCCAGUAAAGAUUGGAUCAUGGAUCGAUAUGUCUGAUAAGGGUGGUAUGGAUGGAGGUUGGUACUUCCCAGUCGAUAUUCCACUUAAAUUGGCCAUUGAAGCUUCUGAUAUUGGUGAACCAACUAGAAAGUUGGCAGAAUGGGCUGAAUCCAAUGAUGUAUUAAAUUGUUAUAGUGUAGGUAGAGAUAUGGGAGCAGCACCACCCAGACAAACCGAAAUACGUCUCAAAUUACCCGGACCAGACUUUUCCACUCAACUAAAUCUUGCCAUCGAUGCCUUCAAGUCAUUUGGAUUCCCACAAUUGCCAGGCCCAGCCCUCGACAUUUUGCGUCAAGGUUCCUCUGAAAUGGGCGGUCUAUGUUUGAGCGUCAUCACCUCGUCUGAAGGUUUCGUCAGAUUGGGUCUCUUGGUGCCAAAACCAAGCCGUGAAGUCGUCAAUCAAUUGUGCGACUAUGGUCAAGCCAACAAGGAAAGAAUCACCAAGUUUGAACAAUCCCUUGGUGGCGUUGGCCCAGCCUAUGUUGAAUACCAAUACUUGCAAAAGGGAUUCGGCUACACAGUGUACAAGGAAGGUUUCGAUAUUGUAUUCCAUUAUUUCGUUGGUGAGGACCAUUCAGAAAUCAAGAAACUUGCCUCUGUCUCACGUCAUGCAAUGGUGAAAAUUUCAAACGAACACAUAACACAUUAUAUCAUUCAUACAAUGUUCAAGCAAAUUUUAGCUUCAAUCGUUAUUCUCGCCCUCGUUGCAUCAUCUGUUGCUUCCCCACUCUCCAAGGCUAAGGUCGGAAAGAAGGGUGAAGGUUGUGCCGUCUGUGUUGACGCUAUGGGUCAAGCCAUCAACGAUCUCCUCAACAUCAUCGUCAACGGUGGUGUCAUUGGUGGUUGCUCUGGUCUCUGUGGUUUAUUACCAAACAGCAUUGAAAACAUGGUCUGUUCACUUGCCUGUGACUAUUUCGGUAUCGAAGAAUUUGUCAAGCUCGUCCAAGAAGAAGACCCAGAUCCCAUCUAUUUCUGUCAAGUCGCCAGAGCCUGCCCACAAAACGCCGGUGCUGCUGCUAGCAUCAACGUUGUCUCUGUUACCCCAGCUUCUGCUCCACAAGGUACCACUUUCACCAUCUCUGCCGUCUACAACGUCACCUCUGUCGUCAACGUCGGUCAAGUCGGUCUCAACGUCAUCGAUCCAGCUGGCAACGUUGUCGGUGGUGCUGAACUCAUCCUCUACGAAGCCCCAGGUGUCUACCCAGUCCAAUUCUCUCUCCAAGCCCAACCAUCUGAACAAGAGCCAUUCCAAGCCGGUUCCUACGAAGUCCAAAUCGCUGUUUGCACUGGUACCUGCGGUUCCAUCCACAAGGGUGCCUCCAUCUUGGCUGAAGCCAACACCAACUUCACCAUUACUGGUCAAACCGCCAAGAAGCUCAUCUUCUAA